AUUAAUUUCACCGCGUCAUUUGAACUGGAUUCGAAAUGAAUGUGACGAUACAUGAGCCAUCCUAAGCUAGAUUAUCUUCGACAGUUCGUGAAACCUAAUGAUCCGAAGGAGGAAUAUAAGAUACUUGCUCCAAUCGGCAGUGGAACUUACGGAGAUGUCUUUAAGGCAGUUCAUCGUGAGAGGCGGACACUGGUGGCAGUUAAGGUUAUGAAGAUUGAUUUAAAAGAUGACAUUCGAUCCAUUUGUCAAGAAAUACACACCCUGAGAGAAUGUCGGCAUCCGAAUAUUGUGCAAUUCUAUGGUAGUUAUCUUCGGAACAAUAAGUUAUGGAUUUGCAUGGAAUAUUGCGGUGGACAAUCAAUGCAAGAUAUUUAUCUCUACACUAGGCGUCCUUUAGAAGAGGACUGCAUUGCAUUUGUCUCCAGAGAGACUUUACAAGGCUUAGACUUUAUGCACAAUCGUGGACGUAUUCAUAGAGAUAUUAAAGGUGCUAAUAUUCUUCUGACAGAUGAUGGUCAUGUUAAAGUGGCUGAUUUCGGUGUCGCUGCUCAACUGAGUACUUCAAUUGCCAAACGAACUACCUUAAUUGGAACACCGUACUGGUCACCAUUAUUUCAUUCAUUUAUCAAAUGUUGUUUAAUCAAAGCAGAACGACGAAGACCUGAUGCUGCUACAAUGCUUACGCAUAACUUUAUUACAAAUCCACAUUUGUCUACUUUAUUAACUCAACGUCUGCUGUGUUAUCGAAGACAAUUAGAAUCUUCAACCAAAAAUACUUAUUCUCAUGGAGAUACAGAAAUAUCUAUAUCAAGUAAAAAGAAUCCUCCAUCUGGAAUUAAUUUUAUUUCUCCUAAGAAUCAUGAACCUCCAAUACCAAAUUCUGUUAUGCCUACUCCAGUUCAGCAAGAUGAAUUUACCAAAUCUCCUCCAGUUAAUGAUCUCUCCGUUGUUUGUGGAAUUGGUGCCAGUGGUCCUGUGCAUCAUGUCUCAUCGCAACAAUUUAUUCUUGAACGGAAACCGGAACAAUUUCCAAGUGUACAAAUCCAAAACAGUUUAUCUUGCUCUGAUCUAGCCGACGAUCGUACAAAGAAUUGUAAUGAGAUUGCAGAAUCUACAGAUAUGAACUACAUUUCACAAGGAAGAGAAAUCAUUAUAAAUAAUAAUGAUAAUUUAAUUAAAAAAGGCUAUGCACCAGAUACGACAGUUACAGCGAAUGGAUUUAUAAACUAUUCACAAUCGGAUUUAUCAUCUCAGUCUCAUAAUGCACAACAACAAACUGUGAUUCGACCUUUGUUACCAGUGAAGUCCCCUAGGCGCUCAUCACUGCUUAGUAAUGAUAAUAAUCAGUCUGUAGACUUAACAAAUUCAUUCAAUCAAUAUAAUAAUAUGACUACUUUUAUCUCUUCUAUUGGCUCUACUGAUAUUAAUGAAAAUAAUAAUAGUAAUAAUAAUGAUAAUAAUAAAUCAUUCAGUUCCACUAUUACUACUACUAUUAAUAAUGAUAAGCAAAAACCUAGUCGUCCUUGUUCGCCCAUAAAACGAAUUAAUCCGUCACGUAUAUCAAAUAUAAAGAGUGCUGGUGAAAUAUCUGAAGAAACGAGUUGUUUAACUGAAAAUCAUCUAUUUGAUCGUUUAUUACAUAUCAGCUCAGAGGAUUUACUUCGUGAGGUAAUGGAUGCAUUUGACAAACGUCGUAGUGGUGUUGAUUUUCAUUCAUCUCAAUCUGUUGAUGGUUUGAACAUAAGUCGAAUGGACGAUGAGAUCAAAUCGCAUAGUGAAUCACAAAAUGAAAUUACGAUAAAACAACCGGUGAUUAUUCCGGUACCACGUUCAAAACGACGCGCACCUCCACCACCACCAUUACAGUCAUCAUCAUCAACUGAUACUAAUACUACGACGACCAAUACUAAUACUACUGCUACCAUUACUAUUAGCAAUGAUAAUAUAAUGUAUUCAUCAUUAGAUCAAAUGAUCAAUUUGUCCACUUUAGAUAUUGGUAAUGAAAUAAAAACUGACAAUUUACUUAUUAAUGGUAUUUCUGCUCCAUCACAUGAAAAUCAUGUUGAAGAGACAUCCAAUGAGAUAACAUUAAAUUAUCAUAUUAAAAUAAUUCGAGAAGAUUCUAUGAUUAGUAAUACUGAUGAUAAUGAUAUUGAUGAUGAUAAUGAUAAUGAAAGUAGAAAAUAUAGUAGUUCUGUUAGUAUAAAUCACAAUGGUCAAUUAUCUUCUUCUACUUCUUCUGCUAAAAAUGAUAAUGAUAAAACAUUAACACCAGCUCCACCAAGACCACCACCACCUAAAUUAAAUAAUAAUCAUACUGGUGUAACUUCUUUGCCAACACCUCUUCGAAAAAAUAAACAAAAUGAUGAUGCAUCAAAGCAUAUAUCACGUCAACAUCAAUUAGAAACGGGUAUUGGUCUUCCUCCUACACCAAAAGUUCAUAUGGGUGCUUGUUUUAUGCAAAUAUUUGAAGGUUGCCCAUUAAAAGUGAAUUCCACUGCAACAUGGGUCAAUCCAGAAACUUUAAGUCAAAUUAUACUGUUUGGCACGAAUGACGGUAUUUAUUACCUUGAUUUAGUCAAUUUAGCUGAUGGUACAUUAGAAUUGCUGGUUGCAAGACGAUGUCUUUGGUUAUAUGUAUUCAAAGAUACAAUGAUGUCAAUAUCAGGUCAACAUCCUCAAUUGUUUAGUCAUAAUUUAAUUUCAUUAAUGAAAAGUCGAACAUCACAAACACGAUUUCUUCACAAGCGUUUUCAACCAACUGUCAAAGUUCCAGAGACACGAGGUUGUUGUAUAGCAAGUGUGGUACGAAAUCAAUUCAAAGGAAUGAAAUAUUUAUGUGGUGUUAUUGCUAAAAGCAUUUUUGUUAUGGAAUGGUAUAAUCCAAGGAAUACGUUUAUUGAAGUGAAACGAGUUGACUUACCAUGUAUGCCUAAUCCAGUGCUUAAUUUCGAUUUAAUUAUCAAUCCAAAUCAAACUUUGCCUACAGUAUGCUUAGGUGUAUCAUCUACCCCAGAUCCACUUGUCUAUAAAUUGCAUCUUGUAAAUUUGAAUGAAGAUUCUAAUUCUUCCUGGUAUUCAAAUCCUUGCCGAUUUGAAGACCAGUUGCAAGUGAUUAAAGUUGUACAGCUUGAUACACGUUCUUUGUUAAUUUGUUUUCCAACACAUGCUACAAUGGUAAAUAUGAAUGGACGCGUGUUGGUUAGUAGAGAUGGGCGAAUAGCCAAAUUCCCAUUCGAUACAGUAGUUGACUCUGUUGUUCGGUUGCAUGACAGUGUACUCGCUUUCCACACACACGGUUUGAGGGGAAUCGAUUUUUUCGGUAGGGUUACGCAAGAUAUUGAUGACGAUAAACAUGUGUAUCGCCUAUUGGGAAGUGAUCGGAAUAUCGUUGUUGAGAGUAGACCAAGUGAUGAUCCCAUGUCUAACUCAAACCUCCUGAUUUUGGUAGGACACGAAGACUCAUCCUAAUUCACAAUUAUUAGUUUUACUAUCAUUUCGAAAAAUAAUGUGUAAUUGUUUGCAUACUCGAAAACUGUGUUUGAAUAACUUAUUUAUUCUACCUUCAAUCGAUCACAAUAAAGGUGUUGAAUAUAUUAUGUCAUUGAGUUCGGGAAUUUAAUUCGUUUUUAUAAUUGACAAUUCUUAACGUUUUAUUUAUUAUGAAUUCAGAAAUAUUAAACAUACCCUCCUUGUGGUCUAAGUAAUGGCAAAAAUGUAUCAUCUGUAAUGAAUUGUGGACAUUGUUUACCAAUUUGUUCUACCAUUAUAUUUCUUGUUGAAUUUUAAUUUAUUUCCUUAUCUUUUCAUUUCCUUUUUAAUGAAGAAUAUUUCUCGUGCUGAUUAUUUCUAUGGUCAAUCAUUAUUUUAUGAAAUCUGUACAGUCUUUGUUUUAUUUGUUUAUUUUUUCGACAUUAUGCUCGGAUUUCUCUAACUAAUAUGUGUGUUUUCAGAAUCUGAUAAUGAAUCCUGUUUCUGCAAAUGAUUUUGUUUUUUGUCCAUUAUCGUCUUCGAACAGUUUGUAUCGACAAUACUGUCAUUUAUGGUGUAUCUAUUAUGUCGUAUCGAGUAAUUUAGAAUAGUAGUCGACACUGCCUCAAUCACUUUUGAUAACCAUUUUAAUGUGAAACCCGAGUAACUUUUGUUCAGUGCAUUUCUUAGGCAAUUAGUUUUCGACUCCCAUGUG